ACCAUCUUAAAUUAUUAUUAUAAUCAUUAACACUAUUCCCAGCAUCUAAAAUUAUUAUAAUAAUUACUAAAUUUAACACAUUUUUUUGUUUGUUUGAAGGAACCGUGCUGUCAAAGAAACUUUUAUCCUUUUACACAUACGACUGUUACAUGAUGAUUAUCCACUGGAUUUAUUAAUAAAGAUUUUAUUACUCUACCAGUAAACACUGGGAAACAAACGAAACCAUCUGGGAAAAGAGAUUAGUCGAUACCAUGAAAGUUCUUAGCAGCCUCAGAAGUGCUGUUUUCGAGGAGCAGCAUCGUCUCGGAAACAUGGAUCUGAUACUCUUGGGAGUCCCUCCCUGGGAACUUGGGAACGUUAAUCCACUGAAUCGAACACGAGGGUGCCUCCGUAUCUACGCCCGUGGAAUGGACCCUUGUGGGGUUCGUCCGCAAAGAACAGGACGUUGUUGUCGUUCACCCACCAACUUGCUUCGGAACAUCCUGGAAUGUCUACCUUGACGAGGCACCCUGUGUGCGUCUCCUUCAACUCGUAAACGGAGUCGGUACCGGUUUUCUGAAAACGAUUGUGGUCUAGAACAAAAGACAGAAACGACAAACGUGUAUUAGUAAGAUUUUAUUUUUGUAAGAACAAAGAAAAGAAAACAAAAUGUUAUGUGUAAUGAAAAAUUUACAAACCGGAGAGUAGUUGUCUUCCCGGGACCGGGAGUUGGUUUCCCAAAAAGCUAAAUACACAGCCCAUGUUUGCAUUAAUUAAUGGGUUAGUGGAUCGGAUCUAUUUAUAGAAGUAAUGGCUGGAAACUAGGUUAGGUUAUUGUUAAGAAAGUUAGGGUCUUACGCGGCGGGCCCAUAUAGUAAUAAGGCCUUUAAUACUCAAAUCUGACGGCUAAACAGUAUUUGAUUAGUUUGCAGUCAAGCUGUUCAUCAUGCCUUUGAGUAAUUCCAUCCCGUGAAUGCAGCAGUGGAAUCAGAUAUUACGUACGAGUAACCUCCAUUGUUCUUGGUAUCUCCUCCUUUGAAUGGCUGCAUCAAGAAAGUUCUCUCAGGGAUACUCUCAACUGGUUUGUUCCCUUGUUAGCAAAAGGUUGUUCUAACAUAAGCCAUGAUCUCGUGGCCUGGCCAUGGCGUCCCAAAACGGAAUGUUCGAACAGACACUGAGCAGAAACACAAAGGUAGUGACUGCCAUGAGACUCAAGAAAACUGACAUCAUCUCAUCUCUGAGGAAAGAUAUGGUAGACAAGUCAGAAGAAACUUCCGCUGAGAAACAAUCCACUGGUCCAUGGCUGUUUUUCGUGUCUGAGAAUGGCUAUGCAAAGCGUGUUCCUCUGAAUAGCUUCAAGCCUUCUCUUGUUGGUCUAAUAGGAUCCAAGCUCGCCCAGGAUGAUCGUUUAGCUGAGGAUGUAAGUGCUGAAGUUCUUCGAAAUGCCACUUCAUCAGACCAUAUCUUGCGGUUUAACAACAUCCCACAGAUUAAGAUGGUGGUUUACUUGGAGAGCUUGGUUGAAGAGAUGAAUAUUAUCUACUUGAAGCUUUGCAGCAGGGCAAGUCACCAAACCAGUGGUUGCUGGGGCCAGCGGGACUUAUGCACGUCGAAGUACAAUUUGGUCAUGCAGUUGAAAAAGGAAAGGUGUCUCCUAUUAAGGAAGUCACACCUCCACAAAUCCCCGAAGAUGUCAGCUCUGCAACUAAGAGUGGGAAGGUCCGGGCUCCUACUCACAUCAUCUCCACCAGCUCUGAUGACAGAGGAGAGGAACCAUAUAAUUUUAGACCAAAAAAAAAGAAAAAAGGAACCAUGUGCUAUUGUGGUGUGCCAAUGUCUUCGAUCAUUGAACAAGGAUAUGGCGUGGGAGAUGUCAUUUGAGAUAUGCAUAAUGUUGCGCGCUGACCAUGGCCCAUGCGUCUCAAACACCAUCGUAACAGCAAGAGCAGGCAAAGACCUGAUCUCAAGUCUUGUCUCAGGUGGUGCCAUUGAUGACGCGAGUAGAGACAAAAGAGUAGAGCUGCUCCAGAAAUUUUGCACGGUCUAGUUUUCCUGCAGUGAACUAGUACAUGGAAUACGCAGUGCAAGUAGAGAUAUCCAUACACGCUCUCUAAAGCCAACAACCUCGUACUCAACGGCCCCUUCGGCCUUCGUCCUCUAGAUCCAUCGGUUUAAUCGGGUUAACUCUCAUAACUAAAUACAUCCAUAUUGUUUCUUGAAGCAAACCGGUUCGGUUUGAUUCUCAAAACUGUCUUGUGAAUAAAUUGGUUCCGACACCGGUGGGAAGAUGUCUUGUACACCAAGUAAUUAUUAUCCAGCAAGACUUGUUUUUUCCUUCAUUUAUGGUAUUUGUUUCGAGAUUA